GAUGAAAUUGAACAGGAAAUGAGACGACCGAACAUACUUUUGAGAUCGGGAUCGUUAUAAUUAAUUUAACUUCAAGGGACAUAACACUGCUGGGAAGAGAAACAGCUGCAAAGAGUUCACCUUCAAAACCUGCGCAAAACUUGUGAUUACACGCACUUUGCUUAAUGAUUAGUGUUUUACUAAAUCGUGAAUAUUAUAAUUGGUAAUAUAAGGUGACAGUAACAUGGAAUAAAGAAUAUGAGUAAGAGAAUACUGGUAGUUGGUUUGGCAUGUGUGGAUAUCAUCAGUGUAGUUCAAGAUUAUCCAGUGGAGGAUAGUGAUCAAAGAGUAUUGGAUUAUUACUGGCAAAGGGGAGGUAAUGCUGCAAAUACCAGCUGUGUGCUCUCCCUGCUUGGAGCCGGGUCCGAGUUCCUUGGCACAUUUGCAUCAGACAGAGAGGCUGAAUUUCUAAAAGAAGUAUUCCAAAAGUACAAUGUAAUUACAGAAAAUUGUGUUGCUAAUACAGAUAAUGUUAAAACACCAACAUCAAUUGUCAUAACCAACAGUAAAAAUGGAUCCAGGACUAUACUGCAUCAUGGAAAAAAUUGGCCAGAAAUACAACCAGAACAUUUUAAAAAGCUAGAUCUGAUUCAGUAUAAAUGGAUUCACUUUGAGGGAAGACCAUCAUGUGACUAUAUUAAAGACAUGUUAUUGUGGAUAGAUGAGUAUAACAAAACUGUCGAUAAAGAUGCAAGGAUCCAUACUUCACUAGAGAUAGAAAAAACUACAAGAAUUGGUCUAGAUGCACUCUUUGAUACAGCAGACACAAUAUUUGUAAGCAAGGAUUAUGUCAAAAGUAGAGGUUAUAAAACUAAAGAAGAAGGCGUCCAGAAAUUAUAUGCCAAGUGCAGAGAAGGGUCUGAAUUAAUUUGCCCCUGGGGUGAAGAAGGAGCGGUUGCCAUGGGAACAGAUGAAAUAUUACAUUCUUCUCCAGCAUUUCCUCCUAAACUUUCACAAGGACAGAAUAUGGAAACUUUAGCAGCUGGUGAUACAUUUAAUGCCGCCUUUAUUUUGUCAAGGUCAAAAGGUCAAAGUUUGCGGGAUGCUCUGACAUUUGGUUGUCAGGUGGCUGGUGCUAAAUGUGGAAUGAAGGGUAUUGAUGGGCUAGAUACAUUUAAAUCAUGAUAAAAGGCUGUGUUGUAAAUUACUUUACUUUCUUUUAUUAUAGACAUUUUCGUAUAAUUGGUAAACUUCUUAACGUCGUUUACCGGGGUAAUUACGUAACUGUAUAUUCGACUUCGCUACUUAGCGACGAUAUUGUAUUCCUACAUGAAGUUUAGAUAAAGAUUUCGUUCAAGAAGACAUUCUUCAUUAUUUUGUUAGAAUAUAUAUCAAAUUGGUGCCGUGACAAAAAGAACAAUGAGUUCUAAACUCAUUUAUGUUAAAAUAUAUAUAAAUGAUAAUUAAAUAAAGUAUUUUGAGGGUUUGAUGGGUUACUGGAAAAGAGCUUUUCAGGUGAAAUGAUAGUUAUGUAUGUGAAUGUAUUUUAUAAAUUUUAUUGAUAUUUUCUAACAAUAAUGAGGAAUUUUGAAAUCUUCCAUAUA